CCUGUUCUUUCACACAGGGACCGACUUACUAAAAAUGAUGUCGUUGGAACAACGUAUCUACACCUCUCUAAAAUCGCUGCCUCUGGUGGGGAAGUGGAAGAUUUCUCAUCUUCGGGAUCUGGGGCUUCAUCGUAUACAGCAAAUACAGGAGAAACAGAGGUGGGCUUUGUUCCAACAUUUGGACCUUGUUACCUGAAUCUUUAUGGAAGCCCCAGAGAGUACAUGGGAUUCCCAGACCCCUAUGAUGAGCUAAAUACUGGAAAGGGGGAAGGAGUUGCCUACAGAGGCAGAAUCUUGAUUGAAUUAAGCACUUUCCUUGAAAAGACACCACCAGACAAAAAGCUUGAGCCCAUUUCAAAUGAUGACCUGCUGGUUGUGGAGAAAUACCAACGAAGACGGAAGUAUAGCCUGUCUGCAGUGUUCCAUUCAGCCACCAUGUUGCAAGAUGUUGGUGAGGCCAUUCAGUUUGAAGUCAGCAUUGGGAACUAUGGCAACAAGUUUGACACAACUUGUAAGCCUUUGGCAUCAACCACUCAAUACAGCCGUGCCGUAUUUGAUGGGAACUACUAUUAUUACUUGCCUUGGGCCCACACAAAGCCAGUUGUUACCCUGACUUCAUACUGGGAGGACAUUAGUCAUCGCCUGGAUGCGGUGAACAUUCUCCUAGCCAUGGCAGAACGGCUGCAAUUGAACCUAGAAGCUCUGAAAUCAGGGAUGCAAGGUAAAGUUCCUGCAAGCCAGCUGGCUGAAAUAUGGUUGAAGCUGAUCGAUGAAGUUAUAGAAGAUACAAGGUACACGUUGCCUCUUACGGAAGGAAAAGCUAAUGUCACAGUUCUUGACAAUCAGAUCCAAAAGCUGCGGUCCCGAUCUCUCUCCCAGAUCCACGAGGCAGCUGUGAGGAUGAGGUCUGAGGCUACAGAGGUGAAGUCUACACUGGCAGAAAUUGAGGACUGGCUUGAGAAAUUACUGCAACUGACUGAAGAGCCGCAGAACAGUAUGCCUGACAUUAUCAUCUGGAUGAUCCGGGGAGAGAAAAGACUGGCCUAUGCACGCAUUCCUGCACAUCAGGUUUUAUACUCCGCCAGUGGUGAGAAUGCAUCUGGGAAAUACUGCGGGAAAACCCAGACCAUCUUGCUGAAGUAUCCGCAGGAGAAAACCCACGGACCGAAGGUGCCCGCGGAGCUGCGAGUGAACAUCUGGCUGGGCUUGAGUGCUGUUGAGAAGAAGUUCAAUAGCUUCGCAGAAGGAACAUUCACCGUCUUUGCUGAAAUGUAUGAAAACCAAGCUCUUAUGUUUGGAAAAUGGGGCACUUCUGGAUUAGUGGGUCGUCAUAAAUUUUCUGAUGUCACAGGAAAAAUAAAGCUCAAGAGGGAAUUCUUUUUGCCUCCAAAAGGCUGGGAAUGGGAAGGAGACUGGACAGUUGACCCUGAAAGAAGCAAUGCAGCAUGUGUGGUAGCCUCUCGCCUUUGCAUCUUAUCUGACACUAUGGCUUACUUUUCUUCAGUUUUUAUUUUGUUUUGUUUUUACUGUCUAAAGAACGGUGAUAAAGCAGCAUCACCCAGCGAGCUGACAUGCCCUCCAGGUUGGGAAUGGGAAGAUGACGCAUGGGUAUAUGAUAUAAAUCGUGCAGUGGAUGAGAAAGGCUGGGAGUAUGGAAUUACCAUUCCUCCUGAUAAUAAACCCAAAUCCUGGGUUGCAGCAGAGAAAAUGUAUCAUACUCAUAGACGGCGAAGGCUGGUCCGAAAACGCAAGAAGGAUUUAACACAAAGCACUUCAAGUACUGCAAGGGCCAUGGAAGAAUAUGAAGACCGGGACGGCUGGGAAUAUGCUUCUUUAAUUGGCUGGAAAUUUCACUGGAAACAGCGCAGUUCAGAUACCUUUCGCCGCAGACGCUGGAGAAGAAAAAUGGCUCCUUCGGAAACACAUGGUGCAGGUGCCAUCUUUAAGCUUGAAGGCGCCCUCGGUGCAGACACGACUGAGGACGGAGACGAGAAGAGCGGGGACAAACGGAAGUACAGUGCCACCACCGUGUUUGGGGCAAACACCCCCAUCAUUUCCUGUAACUUUGACAGAGUCUACAUUUACCAUCUGCGCUGCUAUAUCUAUCAAGCCAGGAACCUCAUGGCUCUAGACAAGGAUAGUUUUUCAGAUCCAUAUGCUCAUGUCUCUUUCCUCCAUCGAAGCAAAACCACUGAGAUCAUCCACUCAACUCUGAAUCCCACAUGGGACCAGACCAUUAUAUUUGAUGAAAUUGAAAUCUAUGGGGAGCCCCAGACGGUUCUACAGAACCCGCCCCAAGUUAUCAUCGAACUUUUUGACAAUGACCAAGUGGGCAAAGAUGAAUUUUUAGGACGGAGCACGUGCUCUCCUCUGGUAAAACUAAACUCAGAAACAGAUGUCACACCCAAACUUCUCUGGCAUCCCGUAAUGAACGAAGACAAAUCCUGUGGGGAUGUCCUUGUAACUGCAGAACUGAUUCUGAGGCACAAGGAUGGCUCCAACCUUCCCAUCCUUCCCUCACAAAGGGCACCAAAUCUGUACAUGGUCCCCCAGGGGAUCAGGCCUGUGGUUCAGCUCACUGCUAUUGAGAUUCUAGCUUGGGGCUUAAGAAACAUGAAAAACUACCAGAUGGCCUCCAUCGCCUCCCCCAGCCUUGUCGUGGAGUGUGGAGGGGAAAGGGUAGAAUCAGUGGUGAUCAAAAACCUUAAGAAGACGCCCAAUUUCCCGAGUUCUGUUCUCUUCAUGAAAGUGUUCUUGCCCAAGGAGGACCUGUACAUGCCCCCGCUGGUGAUCAAGGUCAUCGACCACAGGCAGUUCGGGCGGAAGCCCGUCGUUGGGCAGUGCACCAUCGAUCGUCUGGACCGCUUUCGCUGUGACCCUUAUGCGGGGAAGGCGGAUCUUGUGCCGCAGCUAAAAGCUUCCCUUCUGUCGACCCCGCCCUGCCGGGAUGUCAUUAUCGAAAUAGAGGACACCAGACCGUUACUGGCUUCGAAGUGCUUAAGCAGUAUGUCAACAGCAGUCAGCAAAAUGGCUUCUCCAAGGACAGUGCAUCUGACAGAAAAGGAGGAAGAAAUCGUUGACUGGUGGAGUAAAUUUUAUGCUUCCACAGGGGAACAUGAAAAAUGUGGACAAUAUGUUCAGAAAGGCUAUUCCAAACUCAAGAUAUACGACUGUGAACUAGAGGAUGUAACAGAAUUUGAGGGUCUGACAGACUUCUCAGAUACUUUCAAGCUGUAUCGAGGCAAAUCAGAUGAAAAUGAAGACCCUUCUGUGGUAGGAGAGUUUAAGGGCUCCUUUAGAAUCUACCCCCUGUCGGAUGACCCCAGCGUGCCGGCCCCUCCCAGGCAGUUUCGGGAAUUACCUGACAGCGUCCCACAGGAAUGCACGGUUAGGAUUUACAUUGUUCGAGGCUUAGAGCUCCAGCCCCAGGACAACAAUGGCCUGUGUGACCCUUAUAUAAAAAUAACACUGGGCAAAAAAGUGAUCGAAGAUCGAGACCACUACAUCCCCAACACCCUCAACCCGGUUUUCGGCAGGUAACGAACAUUUCUAAAUGUUUGUCUGUCAUUCACUUUUCAUGGCUUCUGUGGUAAGGAUGUGACAUGUGCCAAGCUCUGUUCUAGGGCCCGAAACCGUGACUACAAACUGGACAAACAUUUUAGGCAGCAGAGCAGGUAGUAAAUACGUGAGCGCACACCUGCAAGUGAAAAGUGCCGUGGAGAAAAUAAAGCCAAGUCAUGAGAUGGGCUUC